AUUUCUGCCUGUUAAAAAUUAAAGACCCACCUCAGUUAAAAUUCAAGUGGGAAGUGCCCCGUGAUUCAUUCCUCAUCCCCGGCCGCAAUUUCGCCAUCGUUUAUGACUUCGCUAGCGGCACCAGGGAAAUGGUUUCUCCAAAGCCAGGAUUUCUUUUUCUUGCCUCUUGGGCUGUGUUUUUCCUGCUGCUUUGGACCUCUGGUGAAGGUGGGAAGCUCUUGGUCAUACCCAUCGAUGGCAGCCACUGGCUCAGCAUGCACCCGGUCGUAGAGAAGCUCAGGGACAAGGGACAUGAAAUCGUGGUGGUUGCACCGGAGAUAAAUUUGCGGAUCCAUUCAUCCCCAAUUUACACCUUGAAAACCUACCCUGUGUCCUACACCAAGGAGUUUGUGGAGGCAGAGUUUAAAGAGAUGGGCCACAGGAGUUUCGCACCUCAUCCCUUCUUGGAAAAACUCUCCAAAAUUGCCAAUUUUACAAGCAUGUUCUUGGAUUCCUGCAAGCGUCUCCUGUCUGACAAAGAGCUGAUCCAAUACCUCGAGGGAAGCAAAUUUGAUGCCAUCUUUAUGGAUCCCUUCUUCCCAUGUGGGCAGAUACUGGCGGAACAUCUGUCCCUGCCCUCCGUGUACUUCCUACGGGGGCUGCCGUGCAGCCUGGAAUUCCAGGCCACGAUGUGUCCCAGCCCUCCUUCCUACGUCCCGCGGUUCUUCACGCGCUCCACGGACCGCAUGUCCUUCUGGCAGCGCCUGGGCAACCUCCUGGCCACCCUGGGCAGCUCCCUGGCCUGCCCUGUCCUUUAUUCCCCCUAUGAUCCCUUGAUCCGGGAGUUCUUGCAGCGGGAGGCGACCGUGCCCGAGCUGUUCAGCCACGCCGCUGUUUGGCUCAUGAAAUACGACUUCGUCUUUGAGUACCCCAGGCCCCUCAUGCCCAACAUGGUCUUGGUCGGAGGCAUAGGCUGCACUCGGGAAAACAAAUUAUCCCAGGAAUUUGAAGCCAUGGUGAACGCCUCUGGAGAACACGGCAUCAUUGUCUUCUCGCUGGGCUCCAUGGUGUCCGAGAUUCCCAUGAAGAAAGCCAUGGAAAUUGCAGAGGGCUUGGGAACAGUCCCUCAGACGGUCUUCUGGCGCUACACAGGCAAGGCACCCCCCAACCUGCCCAAGAACGUGAAGCUCAUCAAGUGGCUGCCUCAGAACGACCUCCUGGCCCACCCCAAGACUCGUGCCUUCAUCACCCACGGAGGCUCCCAUGGUGUUUAUGAGGGAAUCUGCAAUGCAGUGCCCAUGGUGCUGAUGCCUCUCUUUGGGGACCAGAUGGACAAUGCCAAGCGAGUGGAGUCCCGGGGAGCAGGGCUGACCCUGAACAUCCUGGAGAUGACUUCCAGCGACAUUUCCAAUGCCCUGAAAGCAGUGAUCAACGACAAAAAGUACAAGGAGAACAUCCAGCGCCUCUCCGACCUGCACCUGGACAGACCCAUCCACCCUCUGGACCUGGCCGUGCACUGGGUGGAGUUUGUGAUGAGGCACAAGGGGGCCCCUCACCUGCGCCCCGCCGCCCACGACCUCAACUGGGUGCAGUACCACUCGCUGGACGUCAUCGCCUUCCUGGCGGCCGUCACCCUCCUCUCCCUCUUCAUCUCCUUCAAGUGCUGCCUCUGCUGCUGCCGCAGGUGCUUCUGCAGGAAGGGCAGGACGGGGAAGGCCACCAAAGCCAAGUCCCACUAGCACCUGGGAACGGUGGUAGGUGACAAAGCUCCUGCUCCACACCCAGCAGCAGGGUCAGGGAACAGCUCGAAUUUCACUGCAAUGAAUAAAACACUGUGAUUUUCAGUCAAGGAAUGGUAGGGGUCCUUUGAAAUAGCAGCACGAGAAGGGUUGUUCCAUUGAUCUAAUUUUGGCCUUUUAAUUAAGAAUGGGUUGUUAAAAGUGUCCUGUGAAGGAGUGCUGCAGUCACUUGGAAAGGUCUGAGUGUGAAAUCCCUGGCCCCUGGCUUCCACCUGUCGGUGUGCAGAGGACUCUCAGUGACUUUUCUUUUAACCUCCACCUGCAGCAGAGAUAUGUGGGGAUUUUGGAGGACUUUAGGAGAACCAUCUGGUCAGAUUUCUGUUUGAAAUCUCUGUGUGGCUGCUGUUGUAGAAGAGGCAAAUGUUGUACACUCACAGUCCCUGUAAGGCAAACCAAGCUCGAUGCACCUCUUUGUGGGUGUUAACAAGACCCUGAACAAAACCAAGCUGCUGGAAAACCACUGGUGUUUCCCCCAAAUUGCCCAUCAGGCAGAUGUGCUGUAGCUGGAGCUCACCUGCUGAUGAGGAGAUCUUUUAUAAACCCCCACAACUGAUUUUCUCUUUGUGAUGCUCAGGGAAAGACCCCAAACCCCAGCCCUAGAAAUAAACCCUGAAUGCUACAAAUAAA